AUGUCAUUAUCAGACCAAGCUCUCGCUGCGGAAGAUGACUUCCCCGAUGCCGAUCUAGCUCAGUUGGAAACUCGAAAAAGGAAAAAACACCCUUUGGACAAUGGGACCUUCGGAGCACCCGGGACGAGCGUAUACGAUUAUAGAAAGUUGAAUAUGAAAAGUACUGAAGUGGGUAUGUGGGCUGGUAUAGUGUUUGGUGCUGGUGUUACUUGGGUAACAAAACGAUUUGCUCCUUUUCCCGUAGGAAGAAAUGGUCUAUACCUGACCUUUAUACUAUCCGCCUCCUCACUCUCUUUCCUCAUCUCCACACGUCUUCUCCGUACAGGUCUAGCUGACCUCAAUCGUCGUCCGGAUAUCAAAGAUAAAGAUGAUAACCUAGCCGAAGAAACGUUCGAACCUCAUACUCCUCAACAUGACCCUGCUCCUGGUUCAGACGUCAGGUUCGAACCUGUUAUCUUACAAGGUGAAGAGAUGAGGGAUCCAUUCUUCAGACCUGGUAUACCUCGACGGCCUGCGUGA